ACUCCUCUCCUUCUCUCCCAAACGUUCCCAAUUUUUUCCUGCUAAUCACGAGACAAAAAUCAUCCUAACCUGGUUGAAUUAGCUCCAUAUAUAUCUCUCAAAACCCUAAUCAGGAAGAUGAGCAGUAGCGGAAGCCCUAGCAGCAGCGGUGGAGGUGGACCGUGUGGCGCCUGUAAGUUCUUGAGACGGAAGUGCGUUCCCGGCUGCAUAUUCGCACCCUAUUUCGACUCCGAUCAAGGAGCGGCGCACUUCGCGGCGGUUCAUAAGGUGUUCGGAGCGAGCAACGUUUCAAAACUCCUCCACCAUAUUCCCGAGCAUAAACGGGCAGACGCCGUCGUUUCAAUCUGUUUCGAGGCUCAGUCUCGUCUCCGAGACCCUAUCUACGGCUGCGUCUCCCACAUCGUCUCUCUUCAGCAACAGGUGGUGAGUUUGCAAAAUGAGCUUUCAUAUGUACAAGCACAUUUAGCAACUCUAGAGCUGCCACAGCCACCGCCGGCCACGGUGACGUCUUCUGGAUCUCUGCCGCCUCUUUCCAUAUCAGACCUGCCCACAAUAACACCGUCGAUGUACGACCUCUCCCCAAUCUUGGAGCCGAUAUCAUCCACGUGGCCCAUGCAGCAACAACCUCGACCGUCGGAUCAUCUCUUCGGUGUCUCGCAAUCGUCCAGUAUCGGAGGAGGCGGCGAGUUCCAAGCUAUUGCACGUGAGUUUCUUCACGGUGGGCAGAUGUCAGCUCAUCAGCCGCCGCCGGAGACCGGUGGUUCUGCCCCAACAGUGAUAAAAAGAGAAUGAUGCUUAUAUUUUAUAUAUAUAUAUAUAUAUGUUGGUUCAGUUUUGGACCUUA